AUGUCUGACACUCAGAGAUCGACAUCGACGGCGGCGGUGGCAGCGACGACGACGGCGACGACGACGACCAAACAGCAACCCGGUGCUUUUGUCUGGCCACCCCUGCACACCGUCCUUCCGCCGCUUAUCCUCGGCACAGCAACGUUCAACACACAGUAUGUGGCCGAUCCGCUGGCCAUGCCCUAUCGCGACAUCGUCGCCCGGGCGGUUGAGCUUGGCGUCCGCGCUUUCGACACGAGCCCUUACUACGGCCCGUCCGAAACGCUGCUGGGCAGCGCGCUGGACGCCCUGAUGAACCCCGCCCCGUCCGCGGCCGAUCCGGCGCCGGUUGCGCUGCCACGAUCCGACUUCAUGCUCGUUACCAAGGCGGGGCGCAUCGUCAUGGACGAGUUCGACUAUUCGCCCGCCUGGAUCCGUUACUCGGUGCUCCGCAGCCUGCAGCGGCUCCACACUCCCUACGUCGACCUGGUGUACUGCCAUGACGUCGAGUUUGUCUCGCCGGCUGAGGUCCUUGCCGCGGUCCGCGAGUUGCGCCGCCUGCGUGACGAGGACGGCGUCGUUCGGUACGUUGGUAUCAGCGGGUUUCCCGUUGACGUCCUCUGCGAUCUUGCUGCCACGGUGCUCGCCGAGACAGGCGAGCCGCUGGACGCCGUGCUCAGCUACGGCCACUUCACCAUCCAAAACCGGAAACUGGGACUACCGUGGGUUGACGACCAGUCCGCUGCCGAGUCCGCUGCCAGGGGGGACAGCCCCUUGGCAAGGUUCAAGGCCGCUGGUGUGGAUGUCGUGCUCAAUGCUAGCAUUCUAGGGAUGGGUUUAUUGACGAGCCAUGGCAUACCACCAGAUUCUGACGCGCCCAAAACGACUGAAGGCCAGGGAGAAAGCCCUUCCCCGCUUACCAAGUGGCACCCCUCACCGCUAGACCUGCGUCUUGCAUGCAAGGAACUUGCCCGCCUCGCCGUAGCAGCAGGCGAGCGUCUAGAGUUAGUGGCCAUCCGCUGGGCACUUGAGGAGUGGGCACGCGUUGGAGCAGCAGCCAAUAUUGGCGUCGAUGUCUCGCUGAGGGAUUCUUCUGCACCCCAGCGGCUCGGUGCGACAGUCUGCGGCGUGUCGGCCAUCACUGAGCUCGAGGAGACGAUGCUAGAGUGGCAAGGAGUGCUAUCUGGUCUGGGCCUCCAAUCUACCGGCACUACUGGAAAAAUUGAAGAUGGCCCAUAUGGCACAGCACGGAGAGAGAGAGUUCUGGGGCUUGUGCAAAAGGGGCUUUGGCCAGCUCUAGGGCCGUGGGAGGGUUAUGCUUGGCCAAGUCCGAACCCUGGAUUUGCAAACACGAGGCGUAAAGAGGGUAAAGGCGUCACUCCCAACGACGAUGUGAUAGCUUCACAUAAUGAUCUACUAGUAAAAAGGAAUAGAGGUGGGAAGGGGAGCGGCACAAGUUGA